GGCAGGGGCUGCGUCGACAGCCAUCAAAAUGGAUGGAGAGAGAGACGACGUUCAGUAGGCUGGAGUCCUUCGUGCUGCUAACGUCUCUCUUCGGUUGGUACGCUUUUCGGAAUCAGUCGAGCAUCGCAUUCCGUAGCGAGAGGAACCCGGACGAAGUCGAAUUCCAGCAGUACGGACUGGAAUGAAACCUGAAUGCAAACUAAAAAUACAAAUUAACUGUUGUGUUGUGCUGCGAAAAAGUUCUCUGAAAAAUAUAAUGAGAGUAAUUUCAAUAUUUGUAAAUACUCGCUUUGUGUGAAAUCGUGUACUGAAAUAAGGUUAUUGCAAUAUCUUGAAAUUAGGUUAUUGCAAUAUCUUGUUGCGUAUCUUUUUGACAUUUGUUGCCAACCCUGAAGAUUUAGCUCCCAAAACAAUUCCAAGAAAAAAUAUAAUGGAAAUACUUUCCAUGGUUAGAAAAGACCAUUUUCCAUGUGAAAUUGUAACUUAACAAUAGGUUACCAAAUUAAAAUUUGGUUUCCAUCUUAACAUCCGGUUACCAAAAUGGCAAAAACUCUCGACGACGUGCUGGGUUGUGACGAUGGGAAACGAGUGACCGAUGAUAACAACAAUACUCAGAGUCCCAACGACCAGGAUAUGACACGCAGGAGAGGGACCAAGAGACGCUUCAACGAAGUGGAGGGUGCCGCAGGAAGCAACCCGGACGAAGGACGCGGAUUCGACGAAAAGUCUGAAGCGGAGGAGGGCUCCGAGGAGUGCCAAGUUCGAAAAUCCACCAGUGGGAAGUACCAGCUCCGGCCGCGCUCCCAACACCCGAGAAGACUUAGUGACAGCGACUGGAAUUUCCAGGACCCCGUCAGGAGCAAGACGCGCCAUCCGCCCCUCUCCAGAUACCGCCGAAAGACAGCCAAUGCCCGGGAACGCUACAGGAUGAAGCAGAUCAACUCUGCCUUCGAGAACCUAAGAGGCGUCCUUCCGUCCUGGGCAUGCAGUCGGAGACCCCCUUCUGACAUGACCAAAAUCGCAACCUUAAGACUUGCUGCUGCCUACAUCAGGUCUCUGCAGGACAUCCUCGACGGCAAGGACCCGGGUGAUACCUGCUCCUGGGUCCUGUCGGCUCUCCUAGACGACAGCAACUCUAGUUCCCAGCAAAGCCAAACCUCUCACCCACCAGCGUCUAGUGCCACCGAGAAGUGCCAACUCACUCAUCCACCCGACUCGGAUCCCGACACUGAUCUGGUGUCCUUGUUGUGUGCGCCCUCAGAGUCUGGGGGCGUGUCCCAGGACAACCUCGAUACGUUUUCGUACCUGACGCCCAUGGUCGAAUCGGAGGCCAUGGCCUUGUUACUCGGCGGUGAACACCCUCCAUGGAGCGAUUCCUCAACGGUUUCAUUAGUGUGACGGUGGCAUCACGUGAAUCUACGAAAAAUCCCAGAUAUUAAGUUAUUUGAUACUUAUGUAAGGUCUCUUAUCAAAACAUUCUGGUUUUCACUUGGGACGGUAACAAACUGGGUGAAUUAUCUUCCUGUGCAUAAUUUCAUUACUCUACUGCAUUAAAUCAAAGGUAAAGAUAAUAAAAACGAAGAACCAGCAAUAAAAGACAGAACAAUUCAAAUUUCAUGUGGAAGUUUUAAUUGGAAAACCAAGAAAGAGGAAUAGUCAUAAAAAUCGCUCUACCGUUACAUGCACGACCGGUAAAUUUGACUGGUGUUCUUUUUGUGAAUGAAAUCAGUAUUUUGCAUUAUGUGUCAUUUUAUCGAAU